AUGCCCGCGCCACCUCUUCGCGGCGCCGCCGCCGGCGGCGGCCGCGGCCACCUCAACCUCUCCCUCCUCGCCGACCGCUGCUCCACUCUCCGCAGUCUCACCGUCGUCCACGCGGCCAUGCUCGUCUCGGGCCGCCUCGCCUCCGACGCCUUCGCGGCCUCCCGCCUCCUCGACGCCUACGCCGCCCUCUCCCCUCCCGCCACCGUCCUCCGCCUCCUCUCCUCCCUCCCCUACGCCCCCAACACGUUCAUGCUCAACACCUCCCUCCGGGCGCUUGCAUCCUCCCCCGACCCCGCCUCCGCCUUGGCUUUCUUCUCUCAGCUCCGCCGCUCCGGCAGCUCCUCCUACUCUCCCGGCAGGCACACCUUCCCGUUCCUCCUCAAGGCCUCCGCCCGCCUCCCCCUCCCCGUGUCCAGGCAGGUCCACGCGCUCGUCGUGAAGCACGGGCUCGAUCGCGACACCUACGUCGCUAACGGCCUCGUCCGGGCCUACUCUGUGGCAGGCCGCGUCCGUGUCGCACGGAAGGUGUUUGAUGAAUUACCGGAGCGCAGCGCGGUGGUGUACACCACGAUGGUCUCUGGCUAUGCGCAGAACAGGCGGCACGAGGACGCGAUGGGAACAUUUGAUGACAUGCUCCACGAGGGGUUCGAGCCCGGCCCCGUGGUGCUGGCGUCGGUGCUGUCCGCGUGCGCGCGGUCGGAGUCAGGCGGGCUCGUGAUGGGACGGCGCGUGCACGAUAUCAUGGAGCGGAGGGGGAUGGCGGCGCCCGUGGGGGUGAUCCUCGGCACGGCGUUGGUCGACAUGUAUGCGAAGAAUGGGGCGAUCAAUGAAGCGGUAACGGUGUUCAAGGGGAUGCCGCAGCGGCACACGGCAACGUGGAACGCCCUGAUCUCAGGGUUGGCGCACCAUGGGCAUGGCGAGGACGCGCUGGCGAUGUUCCAGCAGAUGCGGCGGGAGGGCGUGCCGCCGAAUGCGACCACGCUUGUCGGGGUUCUGUCAGCGUACUGCCACACGGGGCAGCUUGACGAGGCCCGCAGAGUUUUCGCGUCUAUGGAGGACUUCGGGGUGACUCCGAGCAUCCAGCACUAUGGGUGCAUGGUCGACCUCCUUGGCCGGAGUGGACUCCUAUCAGAGGCGGAGGAGAUGAUACGUGGGAUGGCAUGCAAGGCAGAUACUGCAAUCUGGGGGGCUCUGCUUACAGCCUGCAAGAACCACGGCGAUGUCGAUGUCGCGGAACGGGCUGUGCAAGAGAUGGUUAAACUGGACCCCAACAACCAUGGCGUGUAUGUGGUGCUGUCCAACAUAUAUGCAGAUGCUAGGAGAUGGCAGGACGUGGACAGGUUGAGGAAGGUGAUGAAGGGCGCACAGUUGUCAAAGAUCCCCGGGUCAAGCACCGUGGAUGGCUGUGAUGACAGCUGA